CCAUGAUCCCAUCCCGCCCAGCUUCUGGAACCAUGGUUCGGUUGUGGUUCCCCCCCCUGUGGCCUUGCCCACCAAUCAAUCGUAGGGGGAUGCUGAGGCCCGAGUACUCGAGCCAUGCAUGCCAUGCUUCAGCCGAACGCUUGAUAUCGGACUCGUCCCCCGACACCCGCCUCUCCCACCGUGUGGGGACUUGUCUCGACCGUCCGACCGUUCGACCUUUCCCCCGAUCAUCUGGCCAUUGAUGAAAAGUCGAUCCAACGCCGUCGCUACUCGUCCUUCCAACGAGCUGACGAGGCUCAGUUGCCCAAUGCUCGUCUAGGACAUCCUUUCUACACUCGAACAGAGUACCCCAAACGAGGAUGGAGGCGGCCGGCAGUGAGGACCUGGCCCUUCACCUGGGCCAAGUCAUACCAGUCACGUUCGACCCGACACUGCUGGUGCUGAGUUAUGUGAUCAGCCUCGUGGGUGCCGCUUCGACACUCGAGCUCAUACAUCGCCGUACGUCAAGGAGGGGCUACUACAACAAUCUCCUCCUUUUUGGUGCGGCGAUAACGAUGGGAGGGGUGGCUAUUUGGAGCAUGCAUUAUAUCGGGAACCGCGCGACAACUCUCCUGAACGGGGAACCCAGCCUCCAGAUUGCCUACUCCGUCGGAGUCACCGUCGCCUCCUUCUUUGUCCCUAUCUUCGUCCUGUUGGUCGCCUUCUUCGUCGUGACCGGCACGAGCAACAGUGGCAACCGGAUCAGUUGGUGGCGUGUUACCGCCGCGGGGACGCUCUCUGGGGGCGCCAUCUGCGGCAUGCACUACCUCGGCAACGCCUCCAUCAACAACUACCGAUGCGACUACCUUGCUGCCUUCGUUGCCGGCUCCGUCGUCAUCGCCGCCGUCGCCAGUACCGUCGCCCUCGCCCUCUUCUUCGUAUUCCGGAGCUCUUGGACCAACUCGUGGUGGAAGCGCGCGGGGUGCGCUGUUGUGUUGGCCGGCGCCGUGUCGGGCAUGCAUUGGUGUGCCGUGAUGGGCACGAGGUACACCUUGACCCAUGUCAACUCCAACAGCGAUAAUAGCUCCCGUAACACGACUGUCAUUGUGACGGCCUGUCUUUCUUUCGCCGCCUGCCUAAUCAUGGCUGGGCUUGCCGUCUACUCGGCCCGGGUGCGCAAGGGAUAUGCAAACAGGGCGCAGAGGAUCACACUCGCGGCCGCCGUCUUCGACGAGCAUGGGAGGAUUUUGGUGACGCCUGAUGGUUUCUUGCCAAGCGAAGUCGUCACGAGCACUUUCUUGCAAAAGACGCAAAACGAAACGUUUUCAACCGCCCACCCGUUAUUCCACUGGCUCUUCCAGGCAUCAAGAAGCUGGGCCAGUAUAUCCACCCUCCUCGACAAGAUGAACCACCAUUUGGCCGGGCUCCCGCACAGCGGCCGCAACGUGAGGACGGGCAUCGAGCUCGUGGACAAGGAGGGCCAUAUCAUUGAGAAUUAUGACACCAUUUUCUGUGAGCUCUUCUGCGUCGCCGCCUCAGCCCUGGCCCGCCAAAUGAAUGAGGACCUUGUCGACGCCGGUAUUCUUUGGGACGAGAUCGUGGCCACGGGCGGGCAUGCAACAGCGGGCUCCAUCAGCCAGGCGUCGACAUCGACCAGGUCUCAGGCCUCGGCGCCGAGCCUCAAGAAGCAUGACUUGGACGACAUGGCUGAAAAGGGGGUGGCAUUGACGAACCGCAAUGGCCACGGACACCUCAUGUUCCUGGUUCGUAGAGUCGAUACCAGUCACGUCGACCACCUGGCGGCCUCGGGUUACUGCUUCGCUGAGCCACGCCAAGUUUCGCAUAUUAUCCGCUCCAAGAUGCAGAUUAGGAGUAACAGACUGGAAGAAAAGUUCAGGGGAAUGGAGCGGUACGCACGCGGAAACUUGUUGGAGCCCGGCGUUCAUCUCGGCCUAUUCGCGGUCCGGACCCAGGUGCACCACAUGGGGUUUGAUAUCCUCGUCAGGAAGCAGGCGCGGAACUUGCUCCCCAGCAUGGAGCUACCCCUAGACCGACUCGAAUCGUCCCACCUUGACUUUCUCCGUCGGCUGGAGGGAAUGUCUCUGGGCGCCCUCCAUCGUCGGCUGGAGCGUGCCAAUGAGCUCCCGCCACGAGAUGCGCAUUUCGCCAGCCUCCUCCUGGAUGCGAUUCGGAAUCUUCGGACCUCUGUUCAAGACCCCGUCUUCGACAACGCCAGGCUAGUGUGCAAGGUCACGCAGGUUCCUUGCACCCCACCGGCCAGCGAUGCGCGACCGGCGACAUGCGCUUUCGUGGCCUUCACCCACAUGAUCCCCAUCCAUGUGCGCGUUGACGCGCCCGCGUACGACUUCAUCCCGCUGCCCUUCUUUAAGACGCAGCAGCUCGUCUACAAGAACUCGCCACAUAACGCCGCCUUUGCACGAUCCGUACACCGCAAAAUCUCCCCCAUCCUGGACUCCGUGUCCGCCGAUAGCAAACUGCUCGAGCCUAGCCGUUUGCGAAGGCUUAUCACAAGACCGGGCUAUCUCUUGUUCUCAAGGUCCGGUCGGUCGCCUCAUGCCAACGCACCGAGCCAGCUGCGCCCGCGCCGGGCUGAUGUCAUGAAAUCGGUAUCGACAAGCAGAGAGCAUGUAGCUCUGACGCCAUGCGAUGAGAGCGUCUCGUCACUUCUUUACGCCGCAAAUGGUGGCGAGUCAGAACUAGCCUCGGAGCGCAAAGCACCGAGCGAGAUCUCCGAAUCUAUCAAACCUGUGCGGAGGCAGCAGCCUGCCAAGAUGUCAUUUGGGGGCAUUAUGAUCUCGCAAGAAGUCACAGUCGAUGUGGAAGAGGCGGCAGGGCCACCCCCCGACGUGAUCGAACUACCGCCGGCGACACACCACCGAGACUCGGCCAACAGCGCGCCGGCGUUGACGCGCCAGAGGAGCCAGCGCGCGCUGCAGAACACGGGCAACGGGGCCGAUCAGAACCCGGCCAGUUACGACCAGGCGAUAGAACUGAAAGAAGUCUCGACUGCCCUUGGGAUGGGUCUUUCCAGGGUCGAGGUCGUGAAAGAGGGCGAUGAUACGAUAACAACGUUUGUUGACGAUUUAUUUUCUGUUUGCAUAGAUACCCCUAGACGUACGUAAUUAGACGCUUUCAAUGUAUCAUUUGUUGGGCUCGCCGUUAUCAAAGCGCCCCAUCACGCAGGCUUAAGCGUGUGAUGGAACACGGCCCUUGGUUAGAACCGUGAGUGCCUGCCUGGGCAAGUGGCACAGAGAAAAAAGCCCGGGAUGACGGACCGGAUCCAAUAGGGGAGCCAUUCGUUUCAUUUCUCAUCAGCGUAUUAUGAAUUACUAUAC